GUGUUAUCCUUGAUUGAAAACUUGGUCACUUUGGCAACUCAGUCGGAAAAUUAUGUAGCCAUCUGUAGACAUUGUAGCUUACAUCAGACACUGUUUGAGGGCAGACGAAUUGACAGACAAUUCCAACUCUGCAUUCCAAACGUAACAUAACAUUAGUUGAUUAUGUUGACAUGAUCAUCCUCAAGAUUACGAGGUAUCGUGGAUUCCGUUCGAAAGAUGUGUAACAGAGUUCCGCUUAACCCGGUGCUUGUGGGGACGGGGGCUUAUGAUUUGUUUUACUUUUACAAGAUAUAUAAUUGCAAUUAAGAAAACGCUGUUGGCCGGCCCCAUUGACUCCAAUUAUUUUAUAUGCCCUUCACCUAGUUAGGAAACCAAAAAUACAUAUACAGUCAAACCUGUCUACAAAGACCACCUUGGGAGGGCCAAAAUGUGGUCUUUACUGGUCUUUAUUCAUAGGUUAAAAUACACUGUUAAUGUAAAAAUGGGAAACAAAACAUGUGGUCUUUAGAGCCAGGUGGUCUCUGUUCAGAGGUGGUCUUUAACACAGGUUUGACUGUACUGUAAAUUCAAAUACCUAUUAAUAGCAAAAAUUUCAACUAAGAUAUUUGUUAAGUGUUGUGAUUAUUACAAGAACACGUGCGCAGAAUGCACGGUGUGCAUGAAAUGUCAAUAGUUAUACAAUUCUGCUUAGAAUGAGUUAUAUAGCCGCUAUGAGCAAAAAUAAGGCUUCCUGGAGUUUGUUUCGAAAUGUGUUAAUGUUAAUACUGAUACACCCAGCCUAAUUUGAAGAACAUAAACAAAGAUAUUUGUAGAUCAAAGUGGACGGGGUACCAAGUGUACUUUAUGUAAACCGUGGAACUCAGACGACACGUGAACCUGAAGACUUAAAGGAAUGAACGGACAUAGCUUAAAACAAUACGUAUAGUGUUUGCUGUCAUACAUAUAUUUAUUAAUGUCCUGCAUAGUAACUUUUGUUUCGAACAUUUCCAUUUCUUUAAAGGAGAUAUGUAUAUCUUUAAACAAUCCCCUGUGCUUCUUCAUUGAAUAUCUACGUCAUCAAGUAUAUAUAAAUAGAAUUUGCACCCAGUUACGCAUUAAUUGCGAAGGAGUGUCGUUAACUAGCAAGUGUUUUAUCACUUCUCAAAUAUUCUGGAUAUUUAAAUAUUAAAUUCAUUGAAUUUUAUUUGUUACUUUUGCAGAAAUAUAAUGAAUUCAAACAUGAUCAUUUAGGUUAUAAAAAAAUGUGUUAUCACUAGGGAAGUCGUUCAAAUGAAUGAACUCGGAAGACAUUAUUCAAACAAACAUUUAAAAAAAAUGGUUUGGAAUAAUUGGAAUGGUGGCCAGAUGUGUAAUUAAACUGGAAUUAACAAACAUAACUAAGAUAUAGACUAACUACUGAGUUAAGUGGAAAGAAAAUGGCAACUGCUGAUGCAAAAACACGGAUUCGCCUUUUCCGUCUACAAACGCUUAUUAUAGAUGGCGGACUUCUAGUAUUAAGAAAUAUACUAGAUCAGAAUCUCCACAUUCAGAACAUCUCUCUAACUGCAUGCUUAAAUACAGAAAGGCCGACAAUUAGACGACUGCAGGGACAAAAAACAAUUACACAAGUCCAAUAUGAUCUACUGUAUCCGCCGGCAGGUGGACAACUUCCAUCGACAGCAGACUUUGACAUCACGCUUAUAAUAUGCCUUCUGAGAAAUCUGAAAACUUGUGGACUGAACACAAAAUUUAAAUGGAAUGUCACACCACAGGCAACAGACACCAGUACUGAAGCAGAUGUGUUAAGACUGAAACAUUUUAGAAAUGAGAUUGCUCAUAUAUCGAAAACAACAGGAAUCGAUGUGAAUACAUUCUUUUCAAAAUGGACUGAAAUUGAACAGGUACUUUUGAGAUUGAACUCUUCAGCUCCUAAUCCGGAUCGAAACCUUCAGCAGACAAUUGAUGAUUUUAAAAGCAGUUCUCUGGAUCCAGAAGCAGAGGAACGAAUAGAGGAGACAAUAAAGAGGUGGCAGGAAAUGGAAAAAGGUUUGGAAGCUGAUGUCCAAUUGGUGAAGGCAGGAUUAAAAGAGGUUAAACAGCUCGCCUCUGAAAACACACGGCAUAUAAAGGAAAACACACGGCAUAUUAAGGAAAACACAAUGCAUAUAAAGGAAAACACACGGCAUAUAAAGGACACACAAAGCAGGGUCGCUCAUCUUGAAAGUCAUUUAACAAAAUAUAAGGACGAUGACCCGAGACAGAAACAUGCAGAUGUUGACCACAGGUCAGAGGCAGAGCAAGAUUAUAAAGAACGGAAAAAACAGCUGAAAGACGAGUUGGUUGCCUUCUACAGAACAAGAUACAGUACAAUACCACUGUCACCGCUAUUCGAGGAACAAGAUACCCCACUUGUAGAUUUCUACAUUUUGCCUGAAAUGAAUUUAAUUGAAAAGAAAAACAAAACGCUAGCUGAGGAAGAGACUAAAACUCCAGUCAAAUCGUUGUCGGACGUAUUCAAGUCUGAAAAAAGUUCCGAAAUAUAUUUAACCGCUGAUGCUGGAUAUGGGAAAACUGCUUUUUCAAAAUAUCUUGCAGUCACGUGGUGCCAGGCUCAUUGUCCCGAAAAAGAAUACACAAAGUACUUCAAAGAAGAUGCAAUAAAGGCCAUGCGUGGUUUCGAGUUUUUGUUUCUUGUGUUAUUGCGUGAUUCUUCUGAUGAUUGCAGCAUUGAUGAUUUGAUAGUUAAACAAAUUGUGCAAAAUUUUUCUCGGCCUUUCGCAUUGACAAUAGAAUCUAUACAGGAAAUUAUGCAUCAAGAACGAUAUCUUAUUAUCCUGGAUGGUAUUGACGAAUGGAUCCAUCCCGAAAAGAAAUGUUCAAAACUGCCAAAAACGAUCCCUCAUCGUAACGUACGUAAAAAGUGUGCAAUCCUUACCACGACAAGACCUUGGAAAUUAGGUGUGUUAAAUCUUAAAACUAGUGAAAUAGAUAAGAAAGUAGAACUAGUAAAACUCAACUCCGAGUCAGCACAGAUAUUAGAGGAAAGAGCGAUUUCAAAAAUGAAGAAUCUUGAUGUUGAUGAAGCAAAAAUCCUGGCCAAACAAUUGAAUGAAAAAAUCAAAGAAAAUAAACUCGAGGAUCUGGAAUCCGUACCCCUUCUUACGAUGUAUCUCAUUUGUUUAUGGUGUGACGAUAUUCCACUAGGACAUUCAAAGUGUGGACUAUAUGCAAGCAUUAUUGAACUCCUGCUGUCAAGAACGAUAAGCAAACAUCCGGAAGUGGAACUAACGUGCAAACCCUCCCAGAGUGUUAUCCCACAAUGUUUCAGUGAACAUGAACAUUGUACUAAAUACUGCACAUAUCUGAAGGCUUUAGGAAAAUUAGCAUUUGAAACUUUAUUCAGCGAAACAAAGGAGAGCAUACUUGUUUUCAAUAAGUCAGUGGCUGAUAAGUAUCUGUCACCAAAUGAUUUGAAAUUAAGUCUUUACUCGGGACUGUUAACACAAAGUACUGAAAAGACAUUAACAAAACAAAUUUCUAAACUUUCAUUCUCGCACAAAACAAUACAAGAAUUUUUCUGUGCAUUAUACAUUAGCUGUCAAAAUGAAAGUGAUGUCAAGGAAAUCUUUCUGAAGGAAUGCAAAAGUUUACAAAGUAUUCUUGACAUGUCGACAGUGUUUGUUUUCAUCAGUGGAAUGAAUGCAGAAAUCAUUUCUUCAAUAUCGCGCAAUUUCAUGUCAGUAAUCAGUGAAGAUAAGAGAACGAGCGAAUACAGAACUACGUUUGGUAACCUUUAUAAUUCGGGCUGUCAACCUCUGGAAGACAUACAAGACAUGUACAUUUCUUGUAUGAAAGAAAACACGAGCGAUAAGGAACUCAAAAUUUGCUGCCAAGAUUUUUUCUUUAGCAGAGAUUGUAAAGAAGAAAAAUACUUUAACCAUUUAACGCAGCUCUCAGUGGACAAUAAAAACAACAUGGCGUCAAUAAAUAUCGUCACACGGGAUGGUCGUAGUUUACGUGAAAUUAAUGAUCGUUGGGAUCUAGUUGAUCCGUUCAACAUCAAUAAAAUAUACUACUGUGGUUACGAUGAAAACGCGCCACUUCCUGUACUGUUAAACAAGUCAACGAAAUGUCUCUAUGUUAUAUCGCGUGAUUCUUGGAGCCGUGAAAUGUUGAAAACAUUACAGAAUAAUUCUCUGUUACAAGCAAUUUAUAUCUACGGUUUCAAGAUGAGCCACGAUGUGCUGAAUGACUUUCUGAAUUAUAUUAUAAACAGAAAAACAAUGACGGAGAUUAGAUUGGGGGACUUAUCGUGUGCCGAGCACUGGGGGUCGUGUAGUCUCAGUCUGGAUUUUUGCCAGCAUUCAGAUCUAAGGAAGUUAGAAUUAGGCAAGAUACCUGAAGUGUCACAAUUGAAAGUUAAUAGUCAAGUGGAACACGUGGUGUUGUUUGAUAUCAAUCUAGGUGAAAUGUCGCUGCCUCCUGGAAUGGGAAAUAUCAAACAUGUUGAGUUGUGGAAGGUAAACAUGUCUGCUUCAACAUUGCGUGAUCUCGUUAAGGUAGUGGAGAAACUUUCACACAAAGUCACAGUAACAAUAUACGUGUGUAAGAUAGAACCGAAAACAGAGUUUGAACACGUUAAACAAUAUAUACGCUCAUCUCAGAAUCUCCGAGUUACGGAGGAUGUUAGCGGGUCGUUUGUGUUUGAAACAGAAGUUGAAAGUUAAGUUACUAAAUAAACUCAGACUCAUAGUGUCAAUGUAUAUAAACAUUAUUCAUUCAAAAUACUAUAACUCAUUACACAACACACUGACAUAUGACAUAUGUGUAACAUGUACAUACACAUGUACAUUAUAAUUAGAAAUAUUGACAGUCGCGCGUGCUAAUGUAAUAAACAUUGGAUGAAAUUCUUGGAUAAAAAAUGGAUGUUCUUGUACACGGAUUUAUAAACAAGUUCAAUCUCCCUUUAUACUUCAAGAUCAUAGAUGCAUUUCUGGAGGCUAGGCUACAAGCACCAUAACAUACAGGACAUGAUCGCUUGUUUCUGGCAAUUGGACAAUUGCAGGGCUAUAAUCUUACUAUACCCAGAAAUCUGUAGAAAAACGACUUGGAAAUACUAAUUUACCAGGGACAAAUCAUACUGUUACUUAAAUUAGCUGGUUUAAAAGAAAUGUCGAACUUUCUGCAGUGUGUAAACAUAUCGAUUUGAGUUCAUUUUUCUAAGUAGAAAAAUAAUAAAUUUUGUAUGUAUUAAGUAAGUGGAAUGGUUUCAAACAGUCACGCGCGCUGUCAAAAGACAACUUUUUUAUAUAAAAAAGUGUUUAAUUGGCAUCAUUUUGAUGUUAAUUGUUAAAAAUGUUUUAAGUGUUAAUUUAAGAUAUAUAGUUUUAAAAUGCCUGGAAAUGGCCCUGUUACAGAUGAAUUUAGCUGUGUUUGACAUACCACGGCAACGAAGUUGCCGCUUUUUAUGGAAUUGUUUAAAUAUUAAAUGCAUUUUGCUCUAAGAAACAAAUAUAUUGUGAGGCAUGUUUUUAUAUUGUUACCAAUAUCACCUUUUGUUUGCAUAGUUCGUAGCCAUAUAUUAAAAUACUUAAUAUUUUCAUGCGUAAGUCGUCUUAUGAAAGGGAAAAUCCCUAUUUAGGUGAUAUGGUUUGUAGUUUCUAUAGAAAAUCAUUUGUUUCUAGCAGACGACAUUAUAAUAAUCAUACUAGGAAGAACAUAUUUUUACGAAAACCUUGUAAUGUUCUCAGCGGACUUUUCAUAAUUUUCAUAAAAAAGUUAAAACUGGGAAUCCUUUUUAUACGCCCGGCUCUGAAACGGCGGGGCGUAUUAUGCUAACACCCGUGGCGGAAGGGCGGCGGGCGUUCGGCGUCCAAAAGCAUGUCCGCUCCCUAAAUUGAAUAGUUUUCACCCAUAUCUGGUGACAAUGUUUGUGGGCAUAAUAUCUCGGCCAAGUUCGAUGACCAGGAAAAAAUGGCCCCAGACACUCUUGGGUUAUGGUCAUUGAAAUACUCGGAGUCUGCAAAUUUAGCCUUGUCUGCUCUCUAAAUCAUUUUUUCAUAAAAUCUUCACCGAACUUGGUGAUAAUGUUUAAGGGCAUAAUAUAUCAACCAAGUUCGAUAAGUAACCAAAUCGCCUCAGACACUCUUCGGUUAUGACCCUUGAAUUACGCAAAAAAACUGCGAAUCUAGCCUUGUUGAUUUUUAAGUGGAACAGAUUUCGUCCGAUCUUCAAUAAACUUGUAGAAAAUGUUUGUGGACAUAAAAUAUCAGCCAAGGACAAUAACCAGUCAAAUCGCCCUAGGCACUCUUAGAUUAUGGCUCUUGAAUUACUCAAAAUUUGCGAAUUUAGCCUUGUCCGUUUUCUAAGUUUUCAUCUGAUCUUCACAAAACUUGCUGACAAUGUUUUUGUGCAUAAUAUCUCGGCCAAGUUCGAUGACAAGCCAAAUCACACUCGUGGAUUAUGGUCCUUGAUUUAGGCCAGGUUCGAUGACGGGCGUAUUUUGACAGUCUGCCACUCUUGCUGAUUUAUAUGAUUGUGAAACAGUCCUUGAUUAAAUAGAUAGAAACUUUUCUAUGUAGAGACUAGUUGUAUUGUAAAUUCAUUGCUUAAUAAAUGAAAUGACUAUUUUAUUAUCUCUACUUAAAAUUUCAUAACGUUUCACUUAUUUCUACAUGAUAAACGACGGCCCGCCCGCUUAGCUCAGUAGGUAAGAGCGUUGGUCUACGGAUCUUGGGGUCGCGAGUUCGAUCCUCGGGCGGGGCGUAUGUUCUCCGUGACUAUUUGAUAAACGACAUUGUGUCUGAAAUCAUUAGUCCUCCACCUCUGAUUCAUGUGGGGAAGUUGGCAGUUACUUGCGGAGAACAGGUUUGUACUGGUACAGAAUCCAGGAAUACUGGUUAGGUUAACUGCCCGCCGUUACAUGACUGAAAUACUGUUGAAAAACGGCGUUAAACCCAAAACAAACAAACAAACAUGAUAAACGAAUAGAUGUUGCAAGAGAAAUAAUCUUUUCAUCAACAAAAGUUGUUAUUACAAUGCGAGAAAAUGGGACUACGGAUUAUAUAAUAAACUUAAGCUUACAUAUAUUACAUAACUUCUAAUCAAUUUCUAUAAGUUUUCCUUUCUGUGUUACAGCAAUUAACAUGUGUAUAUAUAUUGAUAGAUUGUUGUAGAUGUAUGAUAUGAUUUCCUUAUGUAAUUUGUAUUAUAUAUCAACUGUUUUGAGUUUUACCAGUUACGUUUAAUACUGUUUUGAUCGUAACCUAGUUACAAUGACACGCUAUUUGCUCACCUGAGAGCACAAACUCCCGUCGUCAUCUGUCGUCAACAACUUUGGCACAAUUCCAAUGAAACUUGGUCAGAAUGAUACCCAUAAAAGAUCUCGGACGAGAUUUUUACUCUUUAAAUUAGAUAUAAAUUAUAAAACUAGGUCAAAUCCGCAGGAAACAUUGUUGAUUCUCUAAAUGUCACGUUUUUAUUUUAUUUCAUAAUGUUCCAAGCAUGUUUCCAUCUAGCCUGGGAAGUCGUUGGUAAUAUUUGCGCUUUGUCAGAAUAUACCUAAUAUUUAUGCAUCGAAGAUAUCAUUUAAUUUGCACUAAUUAGUGUUAAUUGGCAUUCAUUGAGUUCCUGAUAUUAUCAAAUUGUCAAUUUGCAGAUAGAAAAAAAGUUAGAAAUUGUCAGACUGGAUUUCUAGGAUAGUUUCCAUCUAUAGAAUUUGAAACUCAAUUAUUUCAGGUCAAAAACAAGGCCACUAUAAGUCAAAUCAUUGAUACACCAGAUUAAGACAGUACAGGUUAUAUUUCCUACCUGAAUUUCAUAAAACGUUUUCCAGAUUGUUCGCAAUAUGAAAUGGAAAUCGAUUUCAGUGCUGGGUUACACGGAAUCUUAAACAGGAUCGCACUUUUUGUUUAUCAAUGUAAUUACUUGAUGGAUUUAUUUCAUGAACUAUUCCAAACCUUUUACUUUAGAUUUCAGAUUAUAGUUUAGAUUCACUUUCAGGCGUUUUUACUUAUUACUAAACGGAUUCAUCAUAUGACACAAUGUCCACAACUCUAGCCGCACGUUUUCAUGAAUUAUGCCCCUUUUACUUAGAAAUUUAAAUCGAGAGGAUUUGAUGCAUGCUGAAAACAGUUGUUCCACAUCAUCACUCACGCCAUAUGACUCAAUGGCCAUAACUUAAGUUAGAAUGAAAGGCAUUGUUGUUUUGAUGUUAAUUUUAUCUGCUGGGCUUUUUUGAAUCAUGUAAAGAAGUGAAAGAAUUCUCAAAAUCUAAUAAAAAAUUGUGCAUCAGAAAUUUAUCAUCAUUUAAAUAUUUGGUCAAAAGGCUGCCAUUUUCUUUUCAUUGCAACAAAAACAAAAUAGCGGAUUUAUUAUAUUUUUACGCACAUGUUUGAAUUGCAUUUACUUAUUACUGUAAAAUAACUUAUUUUUAUACACCCGUAUCUAAAAGAGCGGGGGAUAUUAUUUGAGCACCCUUGGCUGGCGGGCGGGCGGCAUCUAAAAGCAUACCAGCUCUAUUAGUCGAACAGUUUUCAUCCGAUCUGUACCAAAUUGCUAACAAUGUGUGUGGGCAAAAUAGGCCAAGGUCGAUAACCACUCAAAUCGUCUCAGGCACUCUUGAAUUAUGUCCCUUGAUUUACUCGAAAAACUGUGAAUAUAGCCUUCAAGUCAGUUUCCAUCCGAUCUUCACCAAAUUGCUGACAAUGUGUGUGGGCAUUUCGGCCAAGUUUGAUAGCUGUCCAAAUCGCCCCUGACACUCUUGGAUUAUGGCCCUUGAAUUUACAUAACUGAAUAUUUAGACAGGCGUAUUUUGUGAGAGUCUGGCACUCUUGUUUUUCUUUGGCGUAAAAUGUUGACCUGUAUGAGACGGAAAUCUCGGGCCUAUCUCAAAGGUCAAGGUCACAUUUUGGGGGUCAAAGGUCAUUGUAGAGCUUUUCCACGCUGUAAUUUUGUCAUGCAUGUUUAAGCAAUAUCUUUUAUAUGCUCGUUUGAAAAACGCGACCUUUUAUGGAAACGACCAAACUUUGUCUGGAGUAUAUCUUCUUCAUGCAUUGAGGGACUUUAAUGUAACUUGGUACAAAUGAACACAAACAUGAGACAGAGUGUCCUGCAUAAAAACCAGAUACCUAGGUCUAUGGUCAAGGUCUCACUUAGAGGUCACAGGUCAAAUUCAGUAAAGACAUUGUCCGGAACAUUUCGUCUUCAUGCAUGACGGGACGGCACAAUUAUGACAGGGAGUAACAUGCGCAUAAACCAGGUCCCUAGGUAAACAAUAAUUACAAUUUUGUCCGGAGCAUUUCUUCUUAAUGCAUUGAGGGAUUUUGAUGUAACUUGGCACAAAUGUUCACCGCCACGAGUCGGAGUGCCAUGCGCAAGAAAUAGUCCCAAAAUUUAAGGUCUAGAUAACACUUAGGGGCCAAAGGUGCAGGCGGGCUCGACAGUCUGUCCGUGAGCAUGCAGAAUGUAUCGAUGUUUCAACCAUAAUAACUAUUAUAGUUAUACUUGCGUUUAUCUUGUUUUUAACCCUACUAAUAUUUCUCUAUUUCUCCUGCACAACAGCUAAUGUAUGUACAUGUUUUACACUAAGGGCUAUAAGGUGUUAGGUUUUGUACCUUUUUUUAUCACCAACUAUAAGGGAGUACUAGGUGGACUGAGUAGCUUGGAAACCUGAUAGUCUUUCACUUUUUUAAACCGCGCCCCACGCAUUGUCAAAAUGUAUCAGUAAUUGAACGAGGCCAUUAUCGUAAAUGAAGAAGAUAAAUUGAAUUAUUUCGGCUUUUUGAUAGUGUACAAAUUGGUUUCAUCUCAUGACUGUGCAGAAUCAGUUUCAUAAUAAAUAUUAUUAUAUACACGUUUCUAUUCCCCGUUAAGUUACACUGGUACCGGAAACGUCAAUAUUUUUCCAUACACUGACGCCUGAAUUUCAUAUUGGGUACGUGACGUAAUUCAGUGUAUGUGUUGUUCUCUAUUUAGUUCAGUUUUGUCAAUCCUAUUCAGGUUAUUCAACAGACUUAUGAUAUUGACCUGAUAUUUCUACGUGUGGAUGCGUAUGUAAUAAAAAAGUCUUUAACUUUGCAUCGGCAAAUAUGCAUUCGUUCUUCAGCGGAAGAAUAUUGCGCUGCUUUAGUACUGAAGAACUCGUGCAUAUGUCUCGGUACAAAGCUAAUAACCUGUAAUCAUUGUUCAUGAAGUGUAUGUCCAUACUUGAGUAUUUUUUUUUUCAUUUUUUUGUAAAUUUUUUAAUGCAUACCCUAGUGCAGGUUCUUAGUGUAACACAUAUUUUGAUAAAUAAUAAAUCAAAAUUGUUUGAGUAAUUUAUUGCAAUUGCAGAUAUAUGAAAAUAAUAAAAUAAUGUCACUGAG